CAUGACCUCUUGCUUUGUUUACACGUCCACUUCCUCUAGUUCAACCUCAAAUAAAGCGGUCAGAGGAAAGCGCACAGGUUAGGGGCUUGACUGUGACGACAUUAUGUUCCGGGUCUAUUAUUGGUCGGAGAUGCCUGACUUGAAUGCGUACAACGAGGAUUUGAGUAGUACUUUGCUACAUUCGUUCCUGUUAUAUUCUCAUUCCACCUUUUUGAUGGACGACUUUUUUCUUUUAUGUAAUAGUCAUACCAUAAUUAAAAAAAAUAAGAAUACAGUGUAAAAUAAACCUCUUACAAUACUCGACAUAAAAGUUUAGAAAACGAUUAAGAAACAAUUGGCAACAAGUGACUACAGUUAAUCUCAAACUUACUUUUAUAUGCAAAAACGAACAUUUAACGUGCAGAAAGACCACGUGUUUUACUUUUCUCAAAAGUGUACUAUUUAAGAAGCUUUUUUUAUUGGGAUAUUUUACACUAUUCUACAGAUUGCUCUGAAAUGCUUGAAGUCGUCAUCAACAGUUUUCUCUUGAUGGUUUCGACCCAGACAGGCCAAUUCUGAGCAUUAAUAACAGGUCAUUUUUAACCAACGUGCAUAACAGUGUGAAUUGUCAAGUACUUCUCGAGUAGUUCUCUGCCAAAUAUCGAACUGGCACAGAGCCUGAACAAAGCUGAAGAACACAUAGGCAUAGGGGCCUAUAAUAAGAUUUCAAAGUAAAAUGAUGACUUCAGGCCAUCAUACGUGUACGUGGCUAAGAUACGUUGUACCUCUAAUCUGUUUAUUGUCAUACAAUGAGCCGUUCAGAGGAGCUACCAGUACUCGUGUCCUUUAUAUGCAGUCUGGAGUAUUACCAUAUAUGGACGGCCUAUUGCGUCACAAAUCUCGCGUGAUCUGACCAAUCACAAGGCUUGUUCUAACAGCCUGCAACGGAUCGUAGGGGUGUUUCCAUGUUAUGGGGUGCUUUUCUUAAACGUCGCAGCAUAUGGAACAAAAACACUAACGAAAAAUUUCAAUUGCAAAAAUUCGAUUGGCUGUGCAAAAAAAACUGACUACAUACAUAAACUAGAAGUUCUAAAUUAAACAAAUUAGUACUUGGGAUUUAAAAUUUACUGUUGCCAACUUAAGAUAUUUAAAGCUGGAUCAGUACGAAAAGGUCGCUAUGCCCACACGGGGUAAUAAUCUACACCGGUGUGGUAACCUUGACUUUUUGAAAUACAUACCAUGCUCAUUGUCCCCAUGCAAAAUAACCCUUAAAAGAGGUCAGUGAUCAUGCCAUAACCUUCAUAGCCAACCUGCUGUCGUUUAAACAACCGCAGUAAAAUCUACCGUGUUUGUUUUUCUCUACCAAAAUGACUGAAUCAAGAAGUAUCAUACUGGUUUUGAUAGUUAAGAUGACUGUCCACUUUGCGGCCGGGCAGACAGUCAUUACUAACACUACUUUAGGUUCGGUAAUGGGCGUGGAACUACCCAUACCUGGUGUAUCGCUCCCAGUUGUCAUCACACGCUAUGCUGGAAUACCUUACGCUGAGCCACCGAUCGGGCAGCUACGCUUCACCAAGCCCGUACCAAAAACUCCAUGGGAAGGCGUGUUGAACGCGACGAAGUUUGGAUCCAGAUGUCCCCAAACUAGAAGUGCUUCUGAUCUGUUCCAGUUUUCGGAGUUUGAUCAAUAUAUGCCUAACACGAGUAUGAGUGAGGACUGUUUGUUUCUGAAUGUGUACGUCCCCCAAGAUAUCGUGGAUGCGUUGGGACCACUGCCUGUCAUGGUUUACAUACAUGGAGGGAGUUUGGUUGGCGGAGAAGGUGCACUCUACGACGGCUCGCUCAUUGCACUACAAGGACAGGUCAUCGUGGUGAACAUGAACUAUCGUCUGGGAUUGCUCGGCUUCCUCAGCACCGGAGAUGACUCAGCACCUGGGAACUACGGACUGUGGGAUCAACGUCUCGCUAUCCAGUGGGUCAAAGGAAACAUUGCUAAUUUUGGAGGUGAUCCAGAUCAAAUCACCAUCUUUGGUGAGUCGGCAGGAGGAUGGAGUGUUACCUAUCAGAUGAUUUCACCUCUAAACGACAGAAAUCUUUUUCAGCGGGUGAUUUCUCAGAGUGGGGUACCUUUCCCAGGCUUAAUCAUCCCGGGUAAUUUCGCCCAGCUUCAGGCUUGGAAUCUUGCCUCAUCUCUAGGUUGCAACCUAACCUAUGGCAGCAGCACCACUCGCGACCUGAUAAGCUGCCUUCGAGGAUUGACUACGGAGGAACUGAUAAAUAUGUCUACAUUACAAACGACAGCAGCUACAAUUGACGGCGAGUUUCUCACCACCGAUAUCAGCUCCCUCUUGUCCCAUCCUCGGAUUGGACAGUAUGAUCUCCUCUUGGGAGUGAACAACAAAGAAGGCUACUUAUUUCCGAGUGAGGCAAACUACACUUCACAAGGCCUUCGUAAUGCUAUCCAAAGCCUGAUUGCUUUCACUUGCCGGUGUGAAAAUCCGGAGCAACUAACCGAUGCAAUCUUGGCCUUCUACUACAGUGGAGACAAGUUGGAUGACGUAGAUGAAAAUCUUCUUAAAUACCUGGAUGUGAUCGGCGAUGUAUACUUUGACACGCCUGGAGCCAAUUUCCGUAACAAACACGCAACGUCAUCUGCUGGUAACAGUAAAACAUAUUACUAUUAUUUCAUCUAUGAAGUUGGAAAGGAGUUUUUGCUUCGUCCAGACUUGGUUGACCGUGUUCCCGGAGCACCACAUGCGCUGGAUGUCUUCUAUGUUUUCGGCCUCAUCAACUUGCUGAUUCCAGGAAACACUGAGGCGCGGUCAUUAUCCAACACCAUGAUACGGUACUGGUCACAGUUUGCAAAGAAUGGGGAUCCAAACGGAGCAGGUUCACCAGAGUGGCCAGAGUUUGAAGUACAGAAUGAAACAUACAUCAUCCUAGACGCUAACAUCAGGACAGGACAGCGCCUCAAAGCUGACAAAGUAGCCUUCUGGAAUGAGUACAUCCCAACCAUUACGGAGCCGUUUGAUAAGAAGACGUGUUCCUAUGAAGUACCUGUCAGAAGUGGCACCGUGCGAAAACCGGACACAAAGAUGGUGCAGAUAGAAAGCAAAGACGGUGAAGUGCUGGGAUCUAUCAUUGGUGCUCUGCGAGUCGCUGACGAAGCAAUGGGAGGGCGCGAAGUCGCCGAGUUCUUGGGUAUUCCUUACGCAAAACCACCCCUUGGUGAUUUGCGAUUCAAACAAGCAGAAGAUACAGGACCGUGGGGUGAUCAACCACUUGGCAUCCCGCAGAAGCUACCGCCUGCUUGUCCCCAAGAUGUCACACUGGAUCCUUGGAUGGUUCGCCUUGGGUUCAACCAAACAAGUGAAGAUUGCCUGACUCUCAAUAUCUACGCUCCCACUCAAAACACUGACGACACUGCUUUGCCAGUUCUUGUUUUUAUUCACGUUGGAUUUGGACUAUUCGGCACAUCUUCAGUCUAUGAUGCAACUCUUCUUGCAUCCCAGGUUGAAGCUGUUGUUGUGAUCAUGAACUAUCGUUUAGGAGCUCUUGGAUUCCUGUCAACAGAAGAUGAAGUUGCUCCUGGUUAUUACGGACUGAGUGACAUCUUAGCUUCACUCAAAUGGGUCAACAAGUAUAUCAGGAGCUUUGGAGGCGAUCCAGGGCGCGUUACAGUCUUCGGUCACGGCUCAGGUGGCGUUCUGGCACAUCACUUAGUACUCUCUGAGAAGGCAAAAGGCUUAUUUAAAAGAGUUGUUUUGGUUGCUGCUUCUGCUAUAUCUUCACCUAUCAAUAACCCAGUCGCUCCGAGUCCAUCUGAGGCAGCUGAGGCUCUAGCCAUCAAACUGGGAUGUCCGACUGCUAGUAGUGAGAUGAUAAAUUGUCUCCGUGAAAAGCCAGUGGCCGACUUUGUGUCCAAUACCGCAAACCCCCCAUUUGGGCUCGCUUUUCCACUCCGUUUUGACGGGGAUCUCAUCACUGAAAAACCUCUGGAGUUGCUGAAAGCCGGCAGAAUUAACGAUGUCGACAUAAUGAUUGGAUAUUCACAAGACGAUAAUGCUGAACGAAGUUUAUUUUUCACUGGCCUCGACUGUCCAAGUGUUGAUGAAGUCAAGCAGUACAUUAGCACAGUCUGCAGGUUUUCUUACCUCAAUCCCGAAGCAGCAGCCUCUGCACUGGUGACGGAAUAUAUUGGAAAAGGUGGACUGGGCGAUGCUUGUGAGACAAGGGGUAGUUUCAGAAGGUUUAUGAACGACUACCUGUCGGGGUGGAGUUUACUGGAAGCCGCCAGGAUUCACGCUGAUGCCGGUCAAUCUGUGUACUUCUACCUAUUCGAACAAAAACCAUCCAUCCGAUACGGACCACCACUCCCCCCAAUCUACGGUGCAACUGCCAGAGACGAUCUGCAGUUCCUGUUUGGAGAUCCAUACAGUCCUCUCGUAGAUAAACUCGAUCUACCCUACAGACUAGAAGAUAAGCAGUUAACCCUGGAGCACAUGGAAUUUUUGAAAAAUUUCAUUCAUAAUGGGACUCCCGGAACCUCAAUGUCUGGCGUUGAGUGGCCAAAAUUCGACUCACAUGACUUCAAGUACAUGUCACUCACCGAUUGUCCCCAAGUUUACUCGGGCAACGACAACGACUGGGCACAUCUCCUUCGGUUCUGGGCAACUUACCUACCGUCCAUCACAGCACCUAUUCCUCCUUCACCUGAGAUUACCUCUUGCCCGCCAGAUCAAGAACCUUGCGUGGUCGGUGAAGGCAUUGGAUUGAAACUUACCCAAGAGCAGGCUAGUACCGUCAUCCAGGCUCUAAUCGGGGCAUUCAUAGGUGCUUUGUUGCUGUCUGUGUUCUUUUUCGGGGGUUGUAUGGCAUACAGAUCCCGGGUAAAUCAGAUUGGGGAGAAGGGUUUGCAAGGUACGGAGAAAGGCUUCGAAGUCGCAGAGAGAGAAUAUAGUUCUCAUCUUUGAGCGUCUGGCAAAGGCUAGUUGUGACAUAAUACCUCUUUAUUGAAGUUUCCUCCAUAAGACUGAUUACAAAGGAAGAGUCCCCUGAAUUUAUGAGAAAGCGAUAUUUUGGCGUAUCAAGACUCUAAAAGUGAAGUUCAGGUGCGGAUCAAGUGGGGCCCUCUCAUGUUCGUUGCUAUAGGGCCUGCGUCUCAAGGUCAAGGAAGACCCCCACCGAGCAUGAACCAUACAGCGGUCCUAAUUUUGUGUGUACAGUUAAGGACAGAAUAAAGAAAUGAAAUGGCUUCAUAAACGGCGACACCUGUAAAUAAAUCCCCCUUAUUAGAACAAAAAUUUCUCGAACCCCCCUGCCAAAAAUCCUGGAUCUGCCCCUAAAGUUCGUUGGAUCAAUAAGGGCAGCCAACAGCUAUAGCCCUGUCGCUAUGAUUAGGCAAACAAAUAAGCUGCUGUAAGCAAAAAUAAUAAAUUCAUCCUUAUCUGAAGUCACAAAACUAGUCUCUCAGGACUUCAAACCCGUAUCAAUUAAUCGUUUUUCUUCUUUCUUGCUCGUUGCCUUUUAAAUUUUCGUUGGAUUAAUCCAUGACCUUGAUAAUAUUUGCCAGUGGCGUAAAUUUGUGCUGCGACUGGGGAAGGGGGAUUGUUCGGGAUGACUUACCCAACUGUAGAAAUUUGAAAAGUGGGGUUGGGGUGCUGACGCUCUACGACACUAGGAGGCGAUGCACAUUACACGGCUGGUAAUAAUGCAUUAAUAAAAUACCCUCACAGCACAGAAUAUCAAGGGCAUGUAUAUUUGCUUUGGCCAGCAUAUGCCCUUUGGGUCUCAUUUACUAGCCUGCGGCCAUAAAACGUCUCAGCGCACCACAUGCACAUUUUCAUAUCCAAGUUGGUUGACUUAACAUAACAUGCACACGUGCUGCCCCUUUGCCUUAAAUUUUCUGCCCUCCUGACAAUUCUCACCAGAAAACGUCCCUCUUAUUAAAUUCUUUUUGACAGUCGCUCUCGGUUAAUUAAGUAGGUGGCAUACUAAUAUACCCCAUUCUUCCGCUUAAACCUAAAGCAAAUCGAAAGACGAACAGAGCAGAGUGUCCCCUAAAGGCCUACAAUUGGAGGGCAUUUUUUAACCACGAGCCACUCGUCACGGAUGAAGGUGGGCCUACAUUACACAGUGUAUAUAGAAAUUUGGGUGAUGCAAUUGUAUCAUUGGGGAUCGAAGUCCUCCAUAAUGAUACUAAUACUGCUAUGGUAAUUUUCUUAGACGCGCAUACGUGUCAUAAUUAAUCAAAAUUAACUUGUAGCCAUAUGAAAGUAAACUUGCGCUAGUGAUAGAAAAAAGGAUGUGUGUAGGAGGCGUGGUAUGAUCCCAUGAUUGGUCAUAAUAUUGUGGAAAUUUGAUCCAUUUUUGUAUUAGAGAAUUAUUAGUCGAUUUAAAAUAUCACUCAAUGUAGCUUCCAUACGUGUUGUAACUCCCGUCGACCGGAUUUUGGUCAACAUGCUUCCUUCAGGUCAAUUUACACCUGUGUUGAUCUUACUAGAAUAAUAACAAUUGCAGUGGCCGUGGUCUGUAGGGGAAACAGAUGUGUAUCUGUAUAAAGGUCAAUAAAACAGCACAUCUGCUUUCAAAAUUGACAGAGGUCUUUCAUUACGUUGCACCUGAAUGUAUGCAAGCGGUGUCCACAGACAAUCGUCCAAACGAAUAACACACAAGGAAGCCAAAAGUUGAUUAAAUGAUCACACCAACUUCAUCGACCAUUUGACUAUUAGUUCAAGGGCACACAUUUAUUAAUUAGGCAUCCUGUUUAUUUUUAAUAUCGUGACACGUCAGUGAUAAUAAAACCUUAAUUGAAGAGAUUAUUUUGUUCUUUCUCUAAUAUUUGACAUUAGUCCUAUAGUUUCCAAUGCUGGCGUACAUAUCCAAUGAAAAAAAUCCAUCCGUGUAAGGUUGUUGACAAGCAGUUGGACAUGUAAAGAGAAUAGGACCUAAUCAACUUCUUCAUGGACAGUGGGUGACUUUCCGGUACGUUUCCUAGCGACCUUAAACUCGCUCGGCUGAGUAAAAAAGCAAACCUCGUCCCAAGGCACUGAGCCGAGAUGCUAUCACUAGCUGUUCUCCCGCCUUUAGUACUGGAUGGUUUGCAUAAUCCUGGUAAAGCUCAAUCAUUGCGUAACCUGGCUUGUCCACCGAUGCCCUUUCAGGGCUUUGAAAGGCCCGGCAAAUGCAUG